AUGGCGGCGUGCCACGUAAAAUCUGCAAACGCCAGCUCAGCUGCCACGUCAGCAGAGCCACUUGCCUCCUUCCCCCUGCACAGCUCUACGUGGUGCUCCCAGGCAGUACGGGGGAUUGCACACGUGGCGCCGCUGCUGCACACGCUGUCUCUUGCCACCUCAGCAGUGUCCGAUGCUGACGUGGCAGUGUGUGUCUCCUUGCUGACUAGGAUGCAAGUGCUUGUGUUGGAUAACUGCAGAAAGCUCACAGAUGCACUCGCACCUCACCUCGCCUCCUCCCCCUCUCUCACCACCAUCUCCCUCCACCGCUGCUUCGGCCUCACCCCUCGCACCGUCUCCCUCCUUCUAGAAGCUUCCAGGAAACCUGGCUCGGUGCUGACUGCGCUGGCCUUUAGCCACGUGGACAGGCUCUCUGUGCGCCACGUGGCACCUCCAGAUACCGCUACCCCCAGUGCCGCCCAGAGCGAGCCUCCACAGGAGGAGGAGGGUGGGCUCAUGUCGUUUCUUGGACUGACUCAGAAGAGAGAGGAGGAGGCCUCCUUCCCAGCGGCGAUUUCUCAAGCGCUCCAACGCCCCUCUUCUCUCCGCUCGCUCUCCCUGCACUCCUGCCAAGCCCUCUCCGCCCGGGCGCUGCAGCUCAUUCCAGAGAAUUCUCUUGUGAGGAAAAGUGUGAGUGGAGCAGCUGUUCUCGCUUCCCUCUCCCUUUGGAGGCGCCUUAAAAUAUCUCUUCCUGCGCUCCCUCUCUCCCUGCGCUCCCUCUCUCCCUGCGCUCCCUCUCUCCCUGCGCUCCCUCUCUCCCUGCGCUCCCUCUCUCCCUGCGCUCCCUCUCUCCCUGCGCUCCCUCUCUCCCUGCGCUCCCUCUCUCCCUGCGCUCCCUCUCUCCCUGCGCUCCCUCUCUCCCUGCGCUCCCUCUCUCCCUGCGCUCCCUCUCUCCCUGCGCUCCCUCUCUCCCUGCGCUCCCUCUCUCCCUGCGCUCCCUCUCUCCCUGCGCUCCCUCUCUCCCUGCACUCCCUCUCUCCCUGCGCUCCCUCUCUCCCUGCGCUCCCUCUCUCCCUGCGCUCCCUCUCUCCCUGCACUCCCUCUCUCCCUGCGCUCCCUCUCUCCCUGCACUCCCUCUCUCCCUGCGCUCCCUCUCUUCCUGCGCUCCCUCUCUUCCUGCGCUCCCUCUCUUCCUGCACUCCCUCUCUUCCUGCUCUCCCUCUCGCUGCACUCCUGCCACGCCGUUGCAGACCCGCAGUUGCCCCCUUCUCGAGCCGCUCUGUCUUGGAGGCUCCUGCGUCUGCAUUCUUCCUGACGCCCCACCCCUGCCUUCCUUCUCCCCUCCCUUCCCUCUCCCCUCCCUUCCCCAUCCUCCCUCACGCCGUCCCCCUGCCUUCCCUCUCCCCUCCUUUACCCGUCCUCCCUCACGCCGUCCCUCCCUGCCUUCCUACACCCUUGCCACUUUCCCAACCCACCAUUAUCCGUUCAGUGCAACUGGGGGAGGUGCGAGCAGGGUUGGGGGAGGUGAGGCCUGGUGCAUGGGGGGAGGGGGGGGCGCAGAGGAGACAGGUGCAGAGACAGGUGCGGCCAGGGGAGGCGCGACUGGGGGAGGUGCAUUCUGGUGCAUGGGGGGAGGGGGAGGCGCGGAGGAGACAGGUGCAGAGACAGGUGCGGCCAGGGGAGGCUCUUGGUGGCCUGGCGGUGCUGCUGGGGAGGGUGCAACUGGUGGAGGUGUCUUUCUGGGAGAAAGGAGUUAUUGAGGACAUGAGGGAUGCCAUUCGCCAUCUCUCCCACCCGCCUCUCCUCCUCGAUCUCUCCACCGACCGAGGGGCGCUUAUUGCCGCCCAUAUCUCUCGUCAUGCCGCCCAGAUUCACGCCCGUGCCGCCCAGGGCGUCUCUCACGCUGCCGUUCACGCCCACUGGCACCUUCCGUCUUUUGAGGGCGCCUCAGGGCAAACAAUAACAGCACAAGUGACAGCAGCAGAGGCAGCAGCACAAAAUAUGGCAGCACAAGUGACAGUAGCAGAAGCAGCAGCAGCAGAGACAAUAGCAGGGCAAGUGACAAUAGCAGAG